CUUGGGAGGCUGGACUAGCCACAAGUUGUGGUGAAACAGGGUAAAAUUCGGUGUGCCUCUUACACUUCUCCUUACUUCUCUUUUGAAUUUUUAAUUCCUGCGAUUUCUACGAUCAAACGCUAUUCACCCCCCGUCUAGCGUUGGUCUAUUAUUCUAACAAUUGGUAUCGGAGCCUAACUCGCGUCCAAACUUAACCAUUUGAGAGUAAAGCGAUCAUGGAUUCUUCUUCUAGAAAUCUUUAUGCAGGGAUCGGAGAAGGUCAAUCAACUUCUAGGCCACCACUCUUUGAUGGCACCAACUACACGUAUUGGAAAGAGUGGAUGGGAAUUUAUAUCCGCUCAACCAACUUUCAGUUGUGGUUGGUCAUCAAAAACGGCGAAGAAACGCCAAUGAAGAAGGUCGGUGAAAAACUCGUCCCAAAGACCGAGGACGAAUUUAAUGCCGAAGACAUCAAAAAGGUGGAGAACUACGUUAAGGCAAUCAACAUGCUGUACUGCGCGGUCAACCCCGAUGAUUAUCGCAAGAUCUCUUGCUGCACCACCGCCAAAGAAAUGUGGGACAAGCUCGAGGUCACUUAUGAAGGCGAAAAGAUCGAUGACAUGUUCGAUUGGUUCUCAAAGAUCAUCAACGACCUUCAUUCCCUCAAGAAGAUUUACGCCAACAAGGAUCUCGUGAGGAAAAUUCUGCGGAGUCUCACACCCGAAUGGAGAUCAAAGGCUGACGCAAUCUACGAAUCCAUCGGAGUCUCCAACGUCACCACUGACGGGCUAAGAGGUAACCUCAAAACUUAUGAAUCUACUAUUCUAACCCCUUCUUUGGAUGAACAAAAGAAGAAAGGAAUAGCGCUCAAAGCAACCAAGGAGACUGUGGAAGAAGUCUCAAGCGAUGACGACAACGAGUUCGGACUCGUCAUCAAGAAAUUUCACAAAUUCAUGAAGAAGGAAUUUGAACGGAAAGGAAGAAAGCAUGACGGUCCCCCGAAGUGCUAUGGCUGUGGCGAGAUAGGCCACAUCAAGCCGAGGUGUCCAAAAGGCAAAAGCGGCAAGGACAAACCUGGCUUCAAAAAGCAACGUGCCUAUAUCUCAUGGGGUGGCGACUCCGGCGACGAGUCAACUGACCAAGAAGAGGAAGAAGCCGCCAACCUUUGUCUCAUGGCACACGAAGACCACGCUGACGAAGUACAAGAGGUAUGUACCCCUUCUUCCGACUCUUACACUUUUGAAGAGAUGCAAGAAGCACUUCGAGAGCUUUAUGAUGAAUUUGUUAGCGCUUCUAAAACCAACAAAUCAUUGAAGAAACGUCUUUCAACUCUUGAAAAUGAUUUAGAAAAACUAGAAAAAGAUAAUGAAAAGUUGAAACAAGAAAAUAAAUUUUAUGGCAAAAGAAGCGCUGACAAACCAGAAAGCUCUUCAAGUGAAUGUGAAUCUUGAAAAGCUUUAAAAGAAAAGGUUGCAAAACUUGAGAGUACGGUUAAGAAAUUCAAUACACCACACAAAGAUCUUAACUUACUCCUUGACACUAUGCAUUUUUCUAAGGAAGGAAUAGGUUUUGAUAAAAAUGAAUCUAAGGAUAAAAAAGUUGAGCAAACACCUAGACAACCUCCUAAGGCUCAACAUAAGAAAGGUAAAAAUCAGGA